GGCCUUUUGACUUCGCCACUCCAAGCGGCUUCCGACUGACCUCCAUCGAACCAUGGCCGCCUCCUCUCGUAGUUUCCUCCUCCUACCAUUACUACUACUCUGCUCCCACCUCUCGCUCUCCUCGCCGCCGGUGCCCCUCGCGGGGGAGCUCCUGGGCGCGGCGCGCGCGCCGGGGUUCGACGCGUGGCUGCGCGGCGUGCGGCGGCGCAUCCACCAGUGGUCCGAGCUGGCCUUCCAGGAGCACCGGACCAGCGAGCUCGUGCGCGCCGAGCUCGACACGAUCGGCGUGCCCUAUUCGUGGCCCGUCGCUCGGACCGGCGUUGUGGCGACCAUCGUGGGUGGCGGGGGCCCCGUCGUCGCGCUCCGGGCGGACAUGGACGCGCUCCCCGUGCAUGAAUUGGUAGAUUGGGAAUACAGGAGCCAGGAAAGUGGAAAAAUGCAUGCUUGUGGACAUGAUGCGCACACAACAAUGCUUCUAGGAGCUGCUAAGCUACUUCAAGAUCGCAAGGGUGACUUAAAGGGUACUGUAAAGCUUGUAUUCCAGCCAGCAGAGGAGGGUCAUGGUGGUGCAUAUUAUGUCUUACAAGAAGGUGUUCUUGACGACGUGUCAGCCAUAUUUGGCAUGCAUGUUGACCCAGACCUUCCAGUAGGUGUUGUUUCAUCCAGGUCAGGACCCUUUGCUGCAACAUCAGCUCGAUUCCUAGCAACUGUUACUGGUAAAGGUGCACAUGCUGCACAACCCCAUGAAGCCAUUGAUCCCAUUGUAGCUGCAUCCACUGCCAUCCUCAGCCUUCAACAAAUUGUCGCGCGGGAAAUCGAUCCCCUCCAGGGUGCAGUCGUAUCCAUCACUUUUGUGAAAGGAGGAGCAGCUUACAAUGUUAUUCCAGAAUGUGUGACCUUUGGUGGCACCUUGAGGAGCAUGACAAAUGAAGGUUUAUCAUAUCUCAUGAAGAGGAUCAAAGAGAUUGUAGAGGGACAGUCAGCGGUACAUCACUGUACUGCCUCUGUGGACUUCAUGGAGGACAAGAUGAGGCCAUAUCCGGCUGUGAUCAACGAUGAAGGGAUGUAUGAUCAUGCCAAGGCAGUGGCACAGAGCUUGCUAGGGGAAGAGAACGUCAAGGUUGCUCCCCAGCUAAUGGGUGCGGAGGAUUUUGGGUUCUACGCGCAGAAAAUGGCAGGCGUUUUCUUCAACAUUGGAGUCAGCAACGAGAGCACCCUGGGGGCAGUCCAUUCCACGCACUCUCCCUACUUCGUGAUUGAUGAGGAUGUGCUUCCCAUAGGAGCUGCCUUCCAUGCUGCCGUGGCUAUUGAAUACUUGAAGAAACAUACAUCAACAUGAAACUGAAUAUAAUUAUUUGGCUUCUUUGGAUAGUAUGGCCGGGAUUCUACAGCUAAGAUUUCAUGUUGGUUCUGGUGGUUCCUGAGAAGUGCAUGUCCAAGCCUUCUGCUGUAGAAUCAGAAAUAAAGAAUACGGAUACUUGGAAUAGUCAUUACACUUUUCGUGAUAACUUCAUAACAGAGUAUAAUUAGCACAUUUUGGGUGGAGUCUGCUCCUCUGGGUUUUUUUUUGGGUGUGAAAUGCACAACAUUUUUCAAAAAGUAAACAGAAGUUUAAUGAGAAUGAAAAAACGGAAGAUUCUACAUAGAA